GCUUGUUGCUUUCUUUGUACAGUCAGAAACAAACCAAAUGAAGGGACUUCAGCUCUUCACCUUGAAUGAGCAGGAACAGCUAACGCAAGAACAUCUGGGAACCUCACUCCUGCUAUAAAACUACCAUGGAAAAUUCAACUAAAAUACUGUUUGUUCUACAAGGAUUCAACGAGACAGUGUCAAGCAAACAAACAUACUUUUUCCUCACUCUUCUUGUUUACCUUUUCACUGUUUUAGUGAACCUGACUUUGAUUACAACAAUUAUUCUGGAAAAAACGCUACAUGAGCCCAUGCUUAUAUUUCUCUGUAACUUGUGUAUAAAUGGGAUAUUUGGUGCCUCUACAUUUUAUCCUAAAAUAUUGGUGGACCUUUCAUCUGACUUGAGUGUUACUUCAUAUGAAGCUUGCCUGGCCCAGAUUUUUGUAAUAUACAGCUACGUUUUCUGUGAAUUCACUACAUUAGCAAUGAUGGCUUAUGACAGGUAUGUCGCGAUAUGCAAGCCGCUCAACUACCACUCCAUCAUCACGCCUCAGAGGGUCAUGAAAUUGCUGCUGUUUACCUGGCUUUUAUCCAUCUGUGAAUCCGUUAUUGUGGUGGCCCUUGUAGCCAGACUACCCCUCUGUGGAUUCAACAUUGAAAAGAUUUAUUGCACAGCUUGGGCAGUGGUGAAGCUGUCAUGCGUGGAUACCACGAUCAAUAACGUAUACGGGUCCAUUCUCAUGUGUUUUCACAUUUUACAAGCAGUGCUGAUCUUGAUUUCCUAUGUUAAUAUCAUAAAAGUUUCUGUGCGAUCACCGGAAGAUCGGAGUAAAUUCAUGCAGACCUGUUUGCCCCAUUUAAUCACACUGACCAACUUCUUGAUCGCACUCGUUUUUGACAUAAUGUAUGCUCGCUAUGGUCCCACCAGUCGUCUGCAGGCUCUCCGCAAUUUCAUGUCCCUGGAAUACCUCAUUGUUCCACCGCUCCUAAAUCCCCUCAUUUAUGGCCUGAGACUGAACCAGAUCCGCCGGAGAAUUUUCAGAAUUUGCAGCCAGAAAAUACAUGCUCUGAAAUGAAAUUGUUUAAUUUGUUGUCCAGGCUGGAAAAGAUUUAACAUCUGUGAUUGAUAGAAAUUACAUUGCUGAUGGGCGUUUAAAUUGUCAUCAGUCGAGUCGUCAUUUACUACCUACAUCUUCAUGAAGAUGGAUUCAUUUUUCUUGUGAAGUGAUGCAAACCCUGUACAGCCUACUUUAAUUCAUCCUCUAGCACACAUACAGGUAUGUGCUUGGUAGACAGUAGCAUUUACAAUUUCUGCCUCGGUGUUUGCACAAUGAAACUGCUUCGUGGUUAAAAAGCGCAAUCCUUCGCUAGGUUUUCCAAGCGCAGAUAAAUGGUUAGACGCGCACCUUCAGCCUGGAUGUUAAACACGUUUGAAUUAGAAAAUAUUUCACAUAUGCGGAAAAAUAUUCCUGUCACAUUUGGUAGCUAUAGAUUGUCAAAAAACAAUAUGCAAUAUCAUAAUCACAGCAGCAUAAAAGUGAAUAUAUCCGAGUAGGUAUCAAAUAGAUCCCUUAUGAUAUCCUCCUAUGACCUAAAAUGGUAAAUGGACUGCAUUUAUAUAGCGCUUUUAUCCAAAGCGCUUUACAAUUGAUGC